AUGGCAACCAUUGAGAGCCUCACUGCCGAAAAGACCCGGCUCAAGGACGAGGUCAAGCAGCUCAAGGCUGGAGGCGCUCCACCAGAGGAGAUCAACCCGGUGUAUGUGGCAUACAAGGCGGUCUCGUCCGAGCUGGCCUUUCUUCUUGCCCACCCUACCCACGACCUGCGCGGCUCGUCGGCAGCCACGCCGCCGCCUGAGACAACGCCGCCGCCGACGCCGCCAGGCCUUUCGGACGAAGCCGUUCGUGUUCACGCGCUCAACGUGCUCUCGGAGGAGAAAAACUCACUCAAGGCCGAGAUCAAGUUGCUGAAGGGAUCGGGCGCGCCAGACAACGUCAUCGCUCCGGUCUUUACCCGCUACACCACAGUCAAGAACUGGCUCGCCGCGCCGUCGUCAGGCCCGCCGCCUCUUCUUGAUCACCAGAUGCCCGAACCUGAGGCUGUAGCUGAGGCUAGGACACACCCAGCGCUGCCGAGUGUGCCUGUGGCCGGCGACUCGGUCGCAUCGCUCGCCGCCAACUCGGAGGCCGGCGACUCGCUUGGCGAACUGCACUCGGUUGCGUCACGGUCGCUCCCGCCGAGUGCCGACGAGGUUGCUGCGAUGAAGGCAGAGGUCAAGGCGCAGAUUCGUGCUGCCACCGGCAUGGGCCGCUCAGACGAGUACAUUGCCCCGCUCUACGCCCGCUAUCAGGAGCUCAAGGCACUCUCGGCCAACUACUCGAGCGAGGCUGCGACCCAGUUUGCGCGGACGCACCUCCGCCAAGGCCGCCGCGCCUCGGUCGUCCUCCCCUCGCGUGAGCGGCGAAACUCGAUUCUGCCGGCUGCCACAGGCGAGACCGAUGUUGCCGUCGCUGCCGCGCUCGCCGCGUCGCCGUCGUCGGACUUUCUUCCACACGCCGGCGAGACGCAGGUCGACUCGCCGGUUGCCGAGGUGCCCGACGCAGCACCCGCGGCGCCGGACGAGCCGCCUUCAACAGAGCCUGCGCCUGCGCCGGGAGCGCCGAGCAGCUCGCCACCAGUGCCAACCAUCACGCUCGCACCCGAGCUCGGCGAUGACGAUGACGAGCCUUUGGCGCCAGUGGCAACUGCCACGGUUGUGGCCCUCGACGACUUUACUGACUCGGAUGACGACAACGACGACGACGACGACCGGACGCCCAACGAUGACGUGGUGGUCAAGGCUGGUGUGCUCAAAAUCCGGGUCUCUGGUGGUCUGCUCGGCCGCAAGUGGGCGUCGCGGUGGUGCUCGAUGACCCGCGCCGCGUUCCGCAUCCACUCGGGCAAGGACGCCAGCUCGAGCGUCGAGACCCGCCUCUCGCUCGCCGGCACGUACACCUCGUUCCGCUCGUCCAAGACCAACAACGAGUUUGCCAUCACAUACGGCGAGAACCUCGAGAACUCGAUCGAGGUUGUUGCACCCGACCGCAAGACCCGCAAGUCGUGGACUACCUUUAUCCUCGACGGCAUGCUCGCAUGGACCAAGAUCGUGGUCAAGCGGCUGCAAGUUCCCUCGGCAGCUGCGCCGUUUACCGGAGCCGCCGUCCACAUGGGCUGGAUGAACGUUCUUGUCCCGCACGGCAAGCGGUGGGCGUGGUCGUGGAAACUCGCGCUCCUCUCCGACGGCGCGCUUUGGCUUCUCAAUGCCUUCCCGCUCACCAUCGACGAACUCGACGAGGCCGAGGCCGGUGCGCUCAAGUUUGAGCUUGUCGGCGCCAAGUUUGCCCACGUCACCGAGGCGACCAAGCUGACCAAGCUCGGGCGCCAGCACGUUGUCCGUUUUGACGCCGGCGCGUCCGGCCUCUCGCUCCCGCUUGCGCUCUCGACCGAGUCGGAACUCACACUGUGGGGCAAAAUCCUGCGGCGGACGUGCGGUGAAGCUCUCGAGGCUGCCCUCUCCACCGCCCCUUACACUGUUUCCGGUACUUGCAACGGCACCGACGGCAGCUCACUUGCCAUUGCGCUCGACGGCGUCACCAUCGCCGGAACGGCCGUUCCCUGGCGCGCCAUUGUCCGCUACGCCGAGUCGCUCGCCACCAUCACCAUCACGGUCGUCCUUGACAUGUCUAAUCCGGACGAUCGCACCGACUUUAUCUUUGAGGGCGACGAGGCCUCGCUCAACGCUGCCUUUAACGUCCUCACCUCGGUCGUCCACCUCGUUGUGGUCCCACGCCAGCGCGCCGCUCGCGCCGCCGCCACCCGCUCGUCGUAAACUUGACCUCUCUCCA